UCCGUCUCGCUUGACGCAUGUCCAUUGUGCGUGUGCUAACUUUCUCUCGCCGCACAGAUAGACUACUACUGUAUUUUUACCAUUUUUCUUUCACCUCAUAUUUGGUGUCAAAUGCUGAUACUAUGUGGGAAUGCAUAAAGCUGGAACAGCCAAGUCAACAAGAAUUGCAGCAGUGGCCCCAGGCUUGAGAAAAGGACCACAGUGUCACACAGAGUUAUUGACUGACCUGACCAGAAAAGGGAGCAAUGUCCAGCGAGUAGAUCCAGCGAGCGUGGGCGUUGACCUCAGCAUGCAGAAUUCCCGUCACUGCCUCAUAGAGACGGAUCUGGCCUGUUCCGUAACCAGCCACCACUGUACCUUUCCACAGCUUCACGGAUGAGCAGCUCACGCUGACAAGAAGAUGUAGGAUCAUUGUAGUGAGGAAACAAAAGAAUGAGGACAGAGGUAAGUGGAAAUUACAUUAGAGGAGCAAGUGCUGAAUUUGAAAACAGUGGAACAGUGGAAAGAAACACAGCUCAGGUAAUGAUGCAGCAAUGACGCACACAGGACAAUGAGGACUACCGUAUGUAAGAAAACUACACUGACAACCACAGUAUAUCCCACCUGUGUAUGUAUAGUAUAUUUACCAUCAAAGUUGGUUUCGUUUCAAUUAGGUCAGCUCAAAUGAUAUUAACGAUAUUAAACAAAAUUGAAGAUGCACACAAUUUUUGGGCCUAUGUUGACAUCACAAGUACUGUGACAAAUACAAAAUGCAAAUGUAAUCCAGGGAACAAAAUUCAUGCUAGUGUCAAGGGGGCUUUACUCAAAUCCGCAAAUCUUGUUGAGAAGCUGAAACUCCUCCCCAGACUUCCACACACACAAGGUGCCGCGAUCAUCUGCACUGACCAGGUCAGCUAUGCACUCCUGAGGGAAGAUAGACAGCAGUGGAAUUUAGAGAUUACAUUUGAGUGAGGGUGCUGCAUGCAAAAUAGUGUCACAUUAAUUUCUUAAUAGCACAUCAACUUUCCUUAGGAAACACCUCACGACAUACCUGGCUGCCCGAGCACUCAGGAGCCAAAUCUGUGAUGGGCUCCAUGUGCUCCUCCAGGACCUCAGACAGGGUGAUAUUACUGCCUUUAUUGGGAACGUCAAACACCAUAACUGCACAGGAGGACGCACCUAGAAUGACAGCAAGGGACUUUAGAAUUGUUUAAUGUAUUUUAAAAUAUUAUGAUAAGAACAUGUUUUACUCAGUACUUACCGACACAUAUGUAAUUUUCCCAAACAGCAGCAAUCCCUCGAGCAAACACAGCCUGAGCUGAGAGCCAGAGAUAAAGACCAGAACAUAAUUAUUACACAGUCAUCUACAACAUUAGGUACAACUGCACAAACUCCACAACAACAGCUGUACCACAAAUUCAGCAUAGUCAAAGAUAACUAUGCUUAGUUUUGAUUUAACAGAGGGGCGCUAAUUUAAUGCUUACUAUUGUGGUUGUAGUUUGCAGUCAUGUACAGUAAUCCCUUGUUUAUCGCAGACCGUGAUAAGUAGGAGUCCUUAUUUAUAAACGGAAUAAUUUUGUAGUUAGAGCAUAGAAAACCUGUUUACAACCUUCUAACUCUGACCCGUAUUUAUUUUUCCAGAAGUUGGAAACCUGUUAAUUUGCCCAUUUUAGUUUAUUAUCAUUGAAUAUUUUUUGCUGCUGACAAACUUGUGCUCCACACUUGGGCCCAGAACUUGACAGUAAUGCGCAAAUUUGCUAGUUUGCCAACCCACAUUAACUCUUUAAGACGAAAAAUGGAGACACCAAAGAAGAAGGAAAGAAAUGACAGGAAAAUGUAAAUGUAUAUUUACUUUGCAAGUCGGUUUCGGUGUGCGCCCCUAAAUUUGCCCUGUAUAAUGUUUUGUACAUGUGUUCCGGAUGUGUACAGGACACGAAGUGACAUUGGUGGUUCAGAGUUUAGUUUUAGCUUGCCGUGGGUUACAGCGCAGCAGUAAAUGGUAAAUGGUCUUUUACUUGUAUGGGGCUUUUCCACCUCCAAGGUACUCAAAGUGCUAAUGACGCAGCAUCAGUGCCCAAGGACACUUCAACAUGAUCAUGGGAGGAUGGAGGAUUGAACACGCAACCUUCAGGUUGGGAGAGGACCACUCUACCACCUGAGCCCCGUGUUAUCAUGAUUAUUAAUAUUGUGCCUGUUGUGAGAUAAUUCAAAGCAGCAAUAAAAGCCUGUUUUCCUGCGACAAAGUCUCACCAAACAUUACAGUAAGAGGACUGACACCUAGUAACCAGUGUGGAAUACUAUAUAUCACAAUUUGAAUGCAUCUUCUUAAUGCCUUAUAUUUGUAUUUGAGUUAACGUUGCCAUUUUUAUUCUUGAAACUGCUUAAUUUAGGUAACAAAAUAUAUCCAAUUUGCUUAAAUGUGCAUUUUUAAAAUAAUAAUAGGCCAUAUUCAACCACAAAACAGCAUGAUUAAUAAUAUAUUUUGAAAAACCGUGAUAGAGUGAAGCCGCAAAAUUCGAAACGCAAUGUGGCGUAUACUACAUCAUACAAAGAUAAGAUUUGGUUACCCUUUUUUUGAACUACACAAAAGAGGCUAAAUAUGAGAAACACUUCACUGUAUGAUCGGUGAAUAUGUAACCGAUAUAUUAACAUUUUUUGCUGUGUGGAGAUUCUGUCGCGCCGUUCCAGCAUCUCUCUCAGCGUUGCUCCCUGCCAGAGUACCUGGCCCCUACCCCUCACACACAAACAGACUGCAGCAAGGUGCCACUCUUACUGUCUCACUCACUCGGCUGCAGCAGAGAAACAGCGAAAGAAACUGCUUUUUUUUUUUUUUUUACAACAUAAUUUUGAAAAUGUAGGAAUGUGAAAAAAGUAAUGUAUGUAUUUUAAUUUGAUAUAUUGCAUGUUUUGAAAGCUGCUACGUUGUUACAUAAAAUCUAGUUUAGUCUAGUAAUAUAAUGCAUGUUUUGAUUAUUUCUUAUUUUGUUUGUAUUCAAGUUUUUUUCCCCACUUUUUAAUGUUUGCUUUAGCAUUUGUUUUUGAGCUGAUGGAACUUUUCAAUAGCUAGUAAAUGUGACUAAUUGAUAUUGGUAAGAUGUUCCUGUGAAUAAGCCUUUUAUAAAAACAUAAUGUAUUAUUUCAAAAACACCUCACAUUACCCUAUGUAUUAUCACGUUCAGCCGAAUGCAGCCAUUUGUUUUUAUUUUAAAAUGGUCAACUACAGUAUCAAAUUCCAUGUUAAUGCACUAAAUGUAUAUAUUUUCAUUUCACAGGCAGAAGGGAAGAGUAAGGUGUGGAGUCACUUCACAAAAUCGUAUUUUGGGCAUUGUAAGAAUGUAUGUUCAUGUACAGUAUAUAACCUGUGUAUAAUCAAUGGUCAUAUAUCAGCCAAAAUAUGGGUUAACAAGCAUUAUAUCGGAAAUCGUCCGAUAUAUCGGAUAUCUUUUUUCAUCCCCAAAAAUGUUUUUUCAAUAUGCAAUCUAGGUUUAGUUAUAAACCUAUAAGAUGUAUUACUGAAAAAAGUGUCUGCAACUGUAAUACUGUACAGUACUUGUAUAAGGGUUUUUCAUUAUUAACUUUACCUGUUUGUGUUUCAGGAGUUUCCAGUGCGUGCCAGUACACCAUUAUAGAGCCAUCAGAUUCAUACAUCUGGUGAAAUACAAGCUUUUAUUAAUGUACACAAUAUAAAAAAUACACUUGAGAAUGACGUCUCACCUGAAUGCCUUUUUGUGAAGUCACCACCAGCAUAUCUCGAGAGGGCAAAACACAAAAUGCAGCCUGUUGCAAGAAAACAGUUUCUCUGGAUGCAAUGUGGACGUCCAAAUGUCAUGCUGAUUUAGUCAGCAUACGAUGAUAAACCAUGGUUCGUUCUUCCAAAUGUUGCUGCAUAAUGGCCUUACCUGCAUGAUGAGCGACGGACUUGUGGCCACGUUGGGCUCCUUGGACUGCAGCUGCCGGUGGGAGUAGUUGACACCGUCCCACGACGCACUGACCAUGUUGACCACAUUUGCGUGGACCACCGUGAAGUAGGUAACAUGUCUACACACCAGGAAGUGGACUCAAAGAGGAAGAUUGUCGCGAUUAGUCUGUCUGGACAAGAUAAAAGAAAGCGUACAAAAGAAUUCGAGCUAAAAUAGGGUAACCAAACACCGCAAAGAUGUCCCGCUCUGCAGCCAAAGCCCAAGCUGACAAAAGUAAGGCCCCUCCUCGGGUGAGCCCGCCGCCGCCACUCGAGCCGGAGGAGGAAGACAUUAUCCCUGGUUGUCUAACUCAGAGCCAAUGGAUGGACAUGUUGAUCCAAGAGGAAGCAGAAGAUGUAGUGGGGGAGAUAAUGGCCGAGUUGAUGACCCGGGUCAUGGAAGGCUGUUACGCUGUACACAUUGAAAAACAGCUAGUAUCUUUCACUGCAUACUGGGCCAAAGUUUACUUCAUACAAGCUUUGGAGCACCAUCUCAUGUGCCGAGAUAAAGGGGAAGAUGCAAUGGAAUCAGUAGGAACAGAAGACUCUGAACCAAGACCAAUCACUCCAGAUGUCUGGUCUGAAGGAUGUUUCCAAGUUAUACAUGGAGCGCCUCAAUCUAAGACUAUAGUACCAAAGAUCACCCAAGAAGAUCAUGUUUGCCAAGCCCUCGGACCAUCUUAUCCUGGAACAACCCAGCAAAAUGAUCCUGUGCCGCAAAUGAGCAUCUCCCCAAAGCCAUCUGAAAGCAAAAUAAGUCCCAGCAGGUCUGUCAUUGAGAACGUAUGUAAAGAGCCAAGUCCUCUCCCCAAACAAAACACUUACUCCAAGAAAAAACUAAAAGCUUCUUUGUCCCCGAAGCUUGCCCCAAGAGCUGUUCUACCAGCGGUGUCUUGUUCAGCAGAAAAACGGGAAACCAAGUAUGAAAAUAAACUCCCUUCUGUUUCUAAACGUACAGCCAAAUCAUCGCAUCAACAAAAAGAAACUCGAUCCAUACGGAAGCCUGAUCAUACUUCCUUGCCCCACUACUGGAUCACUCCUCAGUAUGAGAUCUUAAACAACAGCACAAAAACUGGCAAAAAAAGUAGAUCAUCUAAACCGCCGGCAGUACAUAACAAGCAGCAGACUGACAUAAUGGGAACUUCGCGGAAUCCUGCUAACAGGACUCAACCAGCAAAACCUGCAGAUAAGACAGAUGUUCAGCAGAGAAUGUUGUCUACCAUAAAAGAUGAGGAGAUGAUCGCUAGAGCUCUGAGGUUGGACACCAUGCAUUUAGAAAAAGGUGUUUCUCUCAUGAAUCAUCAGAGAACAGAAGUGGGACCAGAAGAAUUAAAACCACAAGCCCAGUCUGCCAAGCUGUGGCCGAUACCAAGUGAUGCCGUAACUCCGCUAUUUUCUCUGGACCAGUUGACAACAGGACGUCCACCUCAGGUUACGCCACUGCUGUGGUCUGAGAAAUUUGGCUUGUGAAUAAAACAAUGGCAACACAAAAGUGCAUACAUUGUUGCUGCAUAUAGAACAAAUCUAGUAAGAUAUAUGCUUUUUCUGUACUUCUACAACCACAAAAUACUGUAUCAUCUACUAAGCUUAUGAGUAUACAUGUUGGAAACUGUUUCCAUGCAUUAAAGAUGUAAUUAGAUUAAAUGUUGCACAUAUGAUUGCAUGUAAAGUAGGGAUUGGAUCGGGAUCGGCUGCCGAUCUGCUGUAUUUUGAUGAUCGGAUAAUCUAGGCUUCCGCCACCAUAUUGGGGCGAUCCGGAUGCCUUAUAAUGUUCGGAACUCUGGGCCAUACUCCAACACGGUAGGUGCGGUAAGAGGAUUCAGUAAGAACAUUUGAACAUUUUGUAGCAAUGUGCUGAGGGUGACAUCCCAUUAGAAAAGUUAGCCAAGCUACAUCCAUUUCUGAAUUGCUGGACAAAAUGGGCCAAUGAUGUAUUGCAUCAGUAAAUGUAAAGAUUUUUGCAUUUAAUUAAUGGACAUUUUAUUCACUAACCCUAAUAGCACACACACUCUGCUGGUAAAAUAAGUGGGAAAAGGUAGCCCUACCCUAAAAGUAUUUUGCAUUCCUAUUUUUUCAAAUUAGAUUUUUUAUUGGAUGGAUUUCUGUUGGAUUAGGGACCUGAUUCACAGAGGUGUGUUACAAAAGCCAAACAACAUUGUUGGUCAUGCUGUGUAAUAAAAAAGUAAAUUCAGCAAUAA